AUGUCUGUCCGGAAUCCCUCGGAUGCUAGUGAUCCGCCCAGAGAAGUCUCUGCGAGGUCCAGAGAUGACGUCAGGGAAGCUGAGAUCGCAGUCAAACACUGGAACCCAAAACGGGAGAAUGAACAGAGUUCGAACGCUCAGAGUGCAGUGGAGAAGCCACACCCUUGCCCCCAGUGUGGCAAGACCUUCAUCACCGUGGGGAGCCUGAAGAGGCACACACAGACUCACAGCGGAGAGAAACCCCACCGGUGCUCCGUCUGCGGGAAAUGUUUCUCACGCUCAGACGACAUGAAGAGACACCUCACCAUCCACAGAGGUGGGAAAGGUUUCACUGCGCAGGGUAACCUUAAGAUCCACCAGCGCAUCCACACAGGGGAGAAACCGUACCAGUGCUCCCAGUGUCAGAAAAGCUUCUCCCGGCUGGCCCACUAUAAAGACCACCAGCAGACUCACCGGGAGGAGAAACCGUACCACUGCAAUGACUGUGGGAAAAGCUUCUCCUACUUCAAGUCGCUCAAGUGCCACCAGAUGAUCCACAAAGGAGAACCUCCACCACUGCUCCCCCACGACCUGAAGAAACACAAGCUGCUCACAGGGCAGAAGACCUACCACAUUUGCCAGUGUGGCAAGAGCUUCACGGAGCUGGGGAACCUGCGGACCCACCAGAGAACCCACACCGGAGAGAAACCAUUCUGCUGUUCCUUCUGCGGCCGAACCUUCUUGCGUGCUGGAGACCUGAAGAGCCACCAGCGGACACACACCGGAGAGAAACCAUUCAUCUGCGCCAUAUGCGGGACCAGUUUCGCCCAAUCUGGCAACCUAAAAGUGCAUCAGAUCACACACACUAAGGAGAGGCCGUACCCUUGUGCUGUCUGUGAUAAGGGGUUCACCACACCGGGGAGUCUGAAGCUACACAUGAGGACACACACAGGGGAGCGGCCUUUCCUGUGUAGCGCAUGUGGGAAAGGGUUCACGGCGUCAGGGCAGCUGAAGAGGCACCAAGAGUGUCACAUGAGAGACACUGUCCAAUCAUCUCCUAGUGAAGACACGGGGUGGCGGUGGCUUCAAAAUAAAAGUCCUCUCUAAGCGGACUACGAAAUAAGAGUACUGGAAACGUGCCAUUGUGUGUCUGAACUGUGAUCAUGAUGGGAGGUUUUACUGCUUCAUAGUAAUCUAAUGGGACACCAUUCCCUGUGGGCUCUGGGCAAACAAGACACCAUUCACUCUGGGCUCUGGUCAAAACGAGACACCAUUCACUGUGGGCUCUGGUCAAAUGAGACACCAUUCACUGUGGGCUCUGGUCAAAUGGGACACCAUUCACUGUGGGCUCUGGUCAAAUGGGACACCAUUCACUGUGGGCUCUGGUCAAAUGGGACACCAUUCACUCUGGGCUCUGGUCAAAUGGGACACCAUUCACCUGUGGCUCUGGUCAAAU